AUGGCUCGUGGCCACCAGAAAUUUCAAUCACAGCAAAAAAACUUGAAGAAACAAGAGGAGUUAAAAAAGUCAAAGGGAAGUGAUCAGAAAGCAGCUGCUAUAAAGGCACUUACGCACAAAUGUACUGUUUGUAUGGCACUGAUGCCAGAUCCGAAAACUUACAAGCAGCAUUUUGAGUCAAAACAUCCGAAAGCUGCACUUCCACCAGAAUUGGUUGAUGUUCAAGCGUAA